AUGAAAAGGAAUAACCCUAGCACUAUAUAAAAUCAUAUAUCGCCGUUUUCGUUCCUCUAUCAUCUCCUCUCUCUCGAGAAACCCUUUCUUCCAAUCUUUAACCCUAGCUGUUCAAUAACCAUGUCAGAAAGACCAGGAGGAGGAGAGCGCGGCGCUUUCCGCCGUGGCUUUGGUGGAGCUGGACGCGGUGACCGUGGAGGAAGAGGCCGCCGCCGGCCACGUCGUGAGGAGGAGGAAAAAUGGGUGCCAGUUACAAAGCUCGGCCGUUUAGUGAAAGAAGGGAAAAUUAGAAGCUUAGAACAAAUCUACCUUCACUCACUGCCAAUCAAAGAGCAUCAAAUCAUCGAUACUCUAGUGGGACCCUCUCUGAAGGACGAGGUCAUGAAAAUCACUCCCGUGCAGAAACAGACUCGUGCUGGUCAAAGGACAAGGUUUAAGGCUUUUGUAGUCGUCGGUGACGGAAACGGACACGUAGGAUUGGGAGUUAAGUGUUCUAAGGAAGUUGCCACUGCUAUCCGUGGCGCAAUUAUAUUGGCUAAGCUGUCAGUGAUUCCAGUGAGGAGAGGGUAUUGGGGUAAUAAGAUUGGGAAGCCACAUACGGUGCCGUGUAAGGUGACUGGUAAGUGUGGAUCUGUUACUGUGAGGAUGGUUCCGGCUCCUCGUGGUGCUGGGAUAGUGGCUGCACGUGUUCCUAAGAAGGUUCUGCAGUUUGCUGGGAUUGAGGAUGUUUUCACUUCCUCCAGGGGUUCUACUAAGACUCUUGGAAACUUUGUCAAGGCCACCUUUGACUGUCUUUUGAAGACUUAUGGUUUCUUGACUCCUGACUUCUGGAGGGAAACCCACUUUACCAAGUCUCCAUUCCAGGAGUACACCGAUCUUUUGGGUAAACCAACCAAAGUCCUAAUUGAAGAUGUGGAGAGGGUCGAUGCUUGAUGCAGAGGCAGUCUAAUCUAUUGAAGUUGAGAAUAUAUUUUUUUAAAAGUUUUCAUGUUAAUUACUUUAGUAGGUUCUGAACACUAUAGACAUGCUGUCAUUUUGUUUUGAAGUUUUGUUGGAGAUUUUGGAUUUCGUAAUAACUUGUGUUAUUUCGAUCAAUUUGGAAUUGGAUUGAAUCCCUUUUGCUGCUUGUUAAA